AUGGCUUCCCAGGACCCCCAGCCUAAUACUGGGGUUCCCAAAGUCCCCAUUUCCAGAGGAUGCAGCGGCCAGUUCCGCUGCAAGGACCGCCGCCGGGGCUCAGGUCUGGGCAAGACCCCCGCGAUGGCGGAGGGUCCUGGCUGCCGCCUCCCGCGGAGCGUGCUGAGCGAGAGGGAGCGCAGGAAGCGAAUCUCAGCGAGCUGUGAGCACCUGCGGGCCCUUCUGCCCCAGUUCGAUGGCCGGCGGGAGGACAUGGCCUCGGUCCUGGAGAUGUCAGUGCAGUUUCUGCGGCUGGCCGGCACCCUGGUGCCCAGCUGGGAGCAGCACGCUGUUCUUGCUCCAUCCAAGGAGCUAUGGCACAAGUGGCAGAAGGACAUUUUCCAGCUGGCCCUGGCAAGUCAGACCCUAGCAGGUGCACCCGAUGUCAGGAUGGGAGCAUCCAAUGUGACCAUGCAACAGGCGCCCCCAAGCUGGGCGGCCAUGGGUGUGGAUGAGGGUGAGACCCCCACGGGGGUGGCCGAGAUGCUGGACAGGCCAGUGGCCCUGCCUGGACCUCCCAGCCUGGUGCCGCGGACCCCUGGCCUGAGUACCUCCAGAGACCCACGGCUGCCCGCACCCUGGCAUCUCUGUUCUCAGCCACCAACCUCCAUGCUGGGGAGCGAAGAGGCUCUGAGCUGUCUGGGCCAAGCUGGGCCCCUCACCCAGGGGACUGACAGGGCUGUGACUCCAGACCCCAGGUCUGUGUCAGGACGCGAUGUGGAAGACGGGGAGCCCUUCCUGCUGACUGCCAGUCCCGACUGGUGGCAGGGGUCCCUGGCGGGCAAAAGCAGUGGUGCCCCCUCUCGGGCCCCAGCCAGGAGCAGCCCCCUGGACAGUGUGGAGCCGGGCUUCCUCGUGGACCCUGAGCCCGGCUCCCAGGAGCUUCCGGACGGCCCCCUGGAGCCAUGGGGCUCCGACGUGGGCUGCCCCAGCCUGGCCCUGCGGGAUGAGGUGGACAGCAUCUUCCCCGACUUCUUCACCUACUAG